GCCGGCGCCGCCCCGGAGGCGGCUGCUGCCCGCCCCCCGCUUGGCUGUGCCGUGUGCAGCGCCAUGGUGAGGCUGUGCUGGGCGCUGCAGCGGGCGCGGGGCUGGGGCUCUCUGAGCGGGCUGCGGGCGCGGACCGACAAGUUCGGAGGGGUGAGCGUGGACCUGGCCGAGCUGCGCCGUCCCCUGCGCCUGGAGCGGGCCGCCUUCGGACGGUGGCUGCGGGGCUCAGUGGCCCAGUGGCGAGAAGAAGGCCACAUCGCUGUCUGGCUCCAUGUGCCCAUCCACCAGAGUAGUUUUGUGGCAGUGGCCGCUUCACAAGGCUUUGCUUUCCACCAUGCCGAGCGGGGUUCAUCCACCUUGACACUGUGGCUGGGAGAAGGGCCCAGCAGGCUGCCAGGAUAUGCCACCCACCAGCUGGGAGUCGCAGGUGCUGUUCUAGAUGAAAGCACUGGAAAGGUGGUGGUUGUACAAGACAGAAACAGGACUAUAAAUGCAUGGAAAUUUCCAGGAGGUCUGGCUAAUCCAGGUGAAGACAUUGGAGACACAGCAGUUCGAGAGGUUUUUGAAGAGACUGGCAUCAAGUCAGAGUUCAAGUCCAUCCUAAGCAUCAGACAGCAACACCAGCACCCUGGAGCCUUUGGGAAGUCAGAUAUGUACAUCAUCUGUCGCCUGCAGCCUUCCUCCUUUGCCAUCAGCUUCUGCCAGCAGGAGUGCCUGAAGUGUGAGUGGAUGGACCUGGAUGAGCUGGCUAGGACAGAACACACCACUCCCAUCACCAGCAGCGUAGCCAGGCUCUUGCUGUAUGGCUACCGGGAGGGGUUUGAUAAAAUUGAUAUAACCAUGAGGGAGCUUCCUGCCAUCUACACAGGCCUGUUUUACAAACUGUACCACAGGGAGCUGCCCGAGUCCUAUAGAAACAUCACACCAUAGCAACACAGUUCACAUUUCAUUAUAUUAAUAACUUAUAGUUACUACUGUACUGUUAUGUAGACCAUAUGAAAAUUAGCUAUGGACUUCUGCUCAGGUUAUUAGUAGAAAGUAAUUAUUUCUUCUCUUACAAGCUGCAGAGAGAUAUAAAUUAUUUUUAAAGUAAAUACUGCUCUAAGUGUGCAUCAGAUUGGUUUGCCUUUACCCUAUGAAGCAAACAAGGUAAAUAAAACAGCUCUACACAGAGAUCUGGCAAGAAACAGAACUGCUGCUGACCCUGAAAAUAUGUUUUCCACAUCAUCUUACCUCCACACACACUGUCACAACAAGGUUAAAAAGCAACAGAAAGGCAGUAUGAAACGUUCAUGGUUUAAGCUGUUAUCUGCAAGAGCAGUUAAAAUCAGCAGAGAGUUGCUUAUAUUUGCUGCUUCGGAGUGGAGCAGGAACCCCAACGUCUUCAGUGUAGUACGGCGUUUGCGCUGGGAACACGCGGUGGAGAUCAGCUCUUGGCAGACAUGGGAAGGAAGAGGAUAGCUUUCUGUCCAGGGCCCGUUUUGGGGCCAGGCUUGUACUGCCCAGUUCUUUUCAGUGCCACGUACCAGUCAGAGUAUUUCCGCGAUCGUCAAGUGUCCAGUUUCAGCCCUCCCAACGUAUGAGGCCAAAAUCAGACUUGUGAACAGCUUUGAAAACCUUCAGUGCAACUCCCUGAAGUCUGGGGAAGCAAGAACUUGGAUUCAUAGAAUGGUUUAGGUUGGAGGAGACCUUAAAGAUCAUCUAGCUGCAACCCCCCUGCCAUGGGCAGGGACACUCCCACUGGACAGAACAUGGAGAAGAGCUAUGGGAAGGGGCUGGGGCAAACAGAGCCAAGCAUACUGCUCUCAUCACACAUCUAACAAGAAAAAGCUGUGGAAAACAUCUGAAAACUAAUCUAUCUUAAUCACCCAAGUAUGGCUUUAUUAUGCUUUGUGAAUUACUCCUGACAAAUAAAACCAACAAACCCACAGCAACUCCUCCAGCGUCAUACCAGGCCAGAAGUUCAGAUUCUGUACAAAUAAACCUCUAGUGAAGGUUUUAAGGCCUGUAAAAAUAUUUGUAUAGUGUGGGUAGGCCUGUGAAAACUGUUACUGAGAGGAGAGGGGAAGAGAGGCAACAACUUGAAAUAAAAAAAAUGACAGAAAAAGGAAAAAAGAGGAAAAAAGAAAGACUUUUUUUUCCUGCAGAGUUUGAGAGGUGCUGACAUACUGAAAGCCCUCAAAGCAAAAUGAGCUUCACUGGAUCUUCCUCUCCAACUUGAAAAAAACAUGACUAGAUACAGCCAGA